GAAAGAACACAACAAAUCGCUCUCUCUCUAUCUCAAUCGUCUACCAUUCAUCAUCAUCACCACCACUUACUGUGAGAGAUCACUAUUGAAAUCUCAAGAUCUCUCUAAAAAGCUCCGUAAAUCUAUUGAAAUCUGAAGUUUUUUUCCCCAGAAUCUUGAGAAAAAAAAUACUUCUUCAUCGUCUUCCUUCUACGAUCUCGUUCUGAGAGAGAGAGGCAACAAAUCGUAAAUCUGAAUUGAAGGAUCUCCGUUGAUAAAAAGAGAUCGACUUUCGUCAAACCCAUCUGCUCAAAAUCAAUGGAAACUUCUGGGUUUCUCAAGAUUCAAUCAAUAGACGAUUUCUAGGGUUUCAGAUUUCGAACAUCGAAAUGUACUACUCAAAACAGUUCAUCCUCUCCUUCUCCUUCCUCCUCUCUCUCCCAAUCAUCUUCUUCAUCUUCAUCGCCCCACAUGUCUUCCCUUCUCCCCCCACCGAAUCCCUCAUCCCAAUCUCCGACGAAAUCUCCGACCAAACCCUCUUCUCCUCCGCCGCCGCCUCCUCCACCUCCCUCUCCCACCUCUCCUCCGGCUACCCCAACCCCAAACUCAAAAUCGCCUUCCUCUUCCUCACAAACUCCGACCUCCACUUCUCCCCGAUCUGGGAAAAAUUCUUCUCAAACCACCCAAAAUCCCUCUACAACGUCUACGUCCACGCAGACCCUUUCGUGAACAUCACACGCCCCCAAAAAGACUCCGUCUUUGCAAACGCAUUCAUCUCAAACGCGAAACGCACCGCACGCGCCUCCCCGACGCUAAUCUCCGCCACGCGCCGCCUCCUCGCCACCGCCUUCCUCGACGACCCGGCCAACACUUACUUCGCCGUCCUCUCCCAGUACUGCGUCCCUCUACACUCCUUCGGCUACGUCUACGCCUCUCUCCUGGAGUCUCCCACGUUCGAUAAAACGGAUCCGGAUCCGAAUCCGGGUCUUAGAGGUGUCCGGGUCGUGUACCGGACCUUCAUCGAGCUUAUCUCGGACGAGCCGAGGCUUUGGAAACGGUACAACGCUCGAGGGAGGUACGCUAUGUUGCCUGAGGUUCCGUUUGAGAAGUUUAGAGUUGGCUCUCAGUUCUUUGUUAUGACGAGGAGACAUGCGUUGUUGACUAUUAAGGAUCGUGUCUUGUGGAGGAAGUUUAAGCUUCCUUGUUACCGUUCGGAUGCUUGUUACCCUGAGGAGCAUUAUUUUCCGACGUUGUUGAAUAUGAAGGAUCCGGAGGGGUGUACUGGGUAUACGUUGACUCAGGUUAACUGGACUGGGACUGUGAAAGGGCAUCCUUAUACUUAUAGACCCAAGGAAGUUGUGCCGGAGUUGAUUAAGAGACUCAGGAGGUCGAGUCACUCAGGGUCGUACCUUUUUGCGCGGAAGUUUACUCCUGAUUGCUUGAAGCCAUUGUUGGCUAUUGCGGACUCGGUGAUUUUCAGAGAUUAAGGUUUUUGUCGGGAAAAGUUUUGGUGAUUUUCUCGUCUGCAAGCAAGUGGCAUGAGAAAAAUAGAGUAAAUUUUGGAACCAGAUGAGUAUCAGGAGUAAGAAGAGGCAAGGCAAACAGUCUUUGGGAGGCUUGAAACUAAAUAAACCAGUUUCAGUGGUACUUCAAGCGCACCUUUGUACGUUGUUGUCACAUUAUAUAUCACACGAAGGCAAAGAUUAAGCCACUUUGAGAUAAUCUAAGGUGUAAUUUUUAUAUUCUUUUUUUUUGGUUCUUUUGGAUCUGGUGCUGUACAUAGCAGAGGUCUUUUUAAACCCCAAGGUGUGGGAGGUCUGUACCAUUAUGGUUGUGUCAAGGAAAUCUAUGAAGAGAACAUGCUAUUUUUCUUGGCAUUAUGUAGUUCCACACUUCCACACCAAGCAGCACAGUGAUAAUAAAAAGAUGAAAGUUUG